UGAUGCUUUAUAAUGUGAUAGUUUAUGUUCACACAGUAUUUAUUCAGGACAGCUUACAUAUAUUGUGCCAAAAGCAAGUAAAUUUGGCCAAGGUGGAGUCAGUUGCGGGAUGAAUUUCAUGAUGUAAACCAGUCUUGAUUUAAUUCUGUCCUUUUGUCUUUUGAUACAUACAACUUUCUUAGAUGAGCAAUGGGUGCCUCAACCUCAUCCCUUCCGGACCCCUUGGAUGACCCGGAUAAAAUUCAUCAGGAACUAGUCCGCCGUUAUUCGGAUUUCAAGGGAUUUCAGAAAUUGGUGGACAAUUUAACAGAGAUAAGAUACUUAUGCAGGUUACGUGGUCUCCCAAAAGAAUUCGAUAUUCCUCUUUUUGAUAAAUUGAAUAAAUCAUCUCCAAGGGAUAAAGUUAUUCUUGCUCAAAUUAUAAAAUACGCAAAUCAGCAUAACCCCACAUUCUCUAAACUCGAAAAACUCCUGGAAUUACUCAAAAGUUUGAAGAAUCCUGACGAAUCCAAUGAUGAAACGGAACUUCAACUCCAAACAGAACUUUGCUUAAUCCUUUGUAGGAAAUUUGAUAAAGCAAAUGUGGAUCCAGGGUUCCUUCAAUGCCUGCAACAUCUCGUGAAACAGUCUUCGUCCAAACUAAGUCAAAAUGCUAGAUCAGAAUUUUCCGAAUUUCUUGAACAAUACCGAACCCCCGGGUGUGAAUAUGAAGGUGUGACCACUGAAGCAAAAAGAUCAUCAUUAUUGCAAGACAAAAUUGGUGAGAGAAAGGAGCAUCAGAUUUUUGACAAGUUUGCCACUCCUGGUGGUCUCAAGAAGAUAUCCACUCCGACGAAUCAGGUGAAAGCACAUGCAGUGAAAGUACAGCAGCAAACUACGUCUAGAACACAAGAGUCGUCCUCUGAGGAAACUUCGCUUACGCAGCUGAACCUUGCCAACGCUUUGAAUGCCCGUGCCAAAACUAUACAACAUUCCUUUCAACGGGAAGUACUUCCAUCAAUAGAGGAGUCCAAAUCUGGUAGCGACACCUAUUUUUAUCGAACUACAUACUACGAAGUGGAAAACCUACGCGAUUUGGCGAAGGGUGGCAAAACAAUUUCAAACGAUGAUCAAACUUAUCUGUACAACAAGAUAGAGGGGGCGCAUGUCACAUUAUCGUACAGGUCAACCGUUCUCCUCCUUCUGUCUGAGGCAUUAUAUCACAUCAGUCAACGCCAACGAAUUAAAAAGGACCAUUUCAGAGUAUUCCUCAAAAGCAUGGGGAAAGAUCAGGAGUCCGAGUAUAAUCUGUACGUACUUAAAACUGUGCAACGAUGCGUCGUCAGGGACUCUUCGUACUUCUCGACAGAGACACAAAACUGCCUUAAAGCCCAUCUACGGCUGGAUAAGUGUACAAAGGCGCAGAAGGACCUGAUUUUUGAAAUAUUUUCACAAAUGAGCAACAGUAGUGAAGCAGCGAAAGAAAUCUUCCAAAUAGCAAUGGACAAACUGAAGGAUUCCUGUGUAGGGGAGAAGGAGAUGGAAAGUGCUCUCAAAUAUGUUAGUCUCCAAUCUCUGAGUGAGAACCAGGUGGAAGCUCUGUUUGACUCUGAGGUUGUGGAAGCCAUUGGGAAAAUUUGUAUUACUGAAGAUUACUACCAUGAAGACAUUGACUUGGACAAAAGAUCACAAUUCCUUGAAAUUCUGGAGAAUUAUGUCGAUCACAACUCAACACCUGGACUCCCCUUCGAUUUUCUGGCCGAACUAUUAGACUACGAAAAAGGCCAGGACGAUGGCGGUUUUCAGUUGACAGUUGUCCGAUUAGUAAUCAAGUCCUUGGCGAACUUCAAACUUGAUGACGAUUACGACCAAGACGAAUACAAAGAAAUCCUUGGCGAAAUGGCAUUAAUUAAGUUCUGCGAUCAGACCGCUAAAGUUAUGACGGUUUCCUACCUCCACGACGCGAGUGAAAAUCAAUAUAUUAAUCAUGUUCAAACCUUGGCGCCACUCCUAUUGGAAGAAGAUAAGGCUGUAUUACCCGAAAACAAUUAUGGUGAUGGGAAUGAAGAAGAGUUACCUAACGGCGACUUUUUGUCCGCCAUUGUAGCAUCCACUAUCCUAAAUUGUUGGAAAAUAGAAGCGGAUACAACUCAAGAGGAAUUAGAAGCGGAAGAUAAUCAGGACGAAAUAGAAGUGGAAGAUAGUCAGGACGAAGUGGAUGGGGACGAAAAUCUGGACGAAAUAGAAGCAGAAGAAAAUCAGGACGAAAUAGAUGAGAAAAACAACCAUGAUGAAAUAGCAACUGUCCUCCCAACCCUGCUGAAGUCAUUGGAAACUGGGAGAGAUGUUCAAACACGUAUCCGGUGUUCGAAACUGCUUCAUUGCCUCGCAGUGGAGAGAUAUCUCCAGGUAAACGAGCUGAAAUCCUUAGACUCCCUAACAGCUGAUUCCGUUGGGGAUGUCCGCUUACACUGCAAAUGCGCAGUAACUUUGGGUUCUGCUAAACUGGCGAAAGCAUCGGAAAGUCCAAUCGACUCUGAGCUGCUGGCCAUGGUUGUUUCUCAUUUUUCGUUAGACCAACAACUUCUAGACGGCGUUGAUUUCGCGGGACAAAUUAACCACGGGGUGAUGUGCAUUGUAAAAUUGGAAGCCAACAAACCAAACACGGAGUUUGAAAAAGAAAUCUGGGACCUUAUAAAACUCCUGUCUCUACCUGGCAAUGAGAAAUACAUUAAAGAUGCAUUAGAGAUUUUGGAGGAUUAUUCAAAACUUGGGAAGAAUAGGGUAAUUCCAUCCAAUGUUCUAGACCGUAUUGAACUUUAUCUUGAUGGCAAAAAUGGCAACCCCAGCAGCGAGACGAUCUUUUGCAACGUCAUUGCAAACGGAGAACCAACGUCUGAAAAAGUUUUGGGACACUUUUGCUCCAAGAUGGUGUCCUUAUCAGGUUCAGAGCACAAAAUCCUGUAUAGUCUGCUUAUGAAGGGGAAUGACAACCAGGAUUUGCCGUCCAAAGUAUUCUCCAUGUUAUGGCUGGAUACUUGUUUUCUGAGGUUAAACGAUAAUCCUCGAGACAAAAAAAUAUGGACAGAAGUUGAAACUCUGUUGGGAAAUGGGGCUCCAUGUUCUUCAUUGGGAUUUACAACAUUUUCCGAAUUCCACUGCAAACGCAACCUAGAAAGCUAUUUAAGUUGUCUUACAUCCAUAUCCGAAUAUGGAAACAGUUUACCAAAAGACGUGAUGAGGAAUGUGUCAACAAUCUGUUGCUCGAGUGUGCUAACCUUUAGGGAGCAAUUACCCAAAAUUGCCAGGUUGUGUUCGUCCCUCUUGCGGAAUAAUCAAGAACUACCGGACGAUGCGGGUGACUUGCUCGUGAAGGAAUUCGAGGAAGGACGCAAUGCUGACAAAACAGGAUGGAACGAAGUGCUGGCCUUCAUUUUACUUCUAGUUGAGCGAAAAUACCCUGUUAGUGACAAAACCGUGGACAAAUUAGUCAAAAACUUUGACAAAUUUAUUAAAACUGACCGCCAAGAGGAAACGUCUUCGCUGCUAGCUGCCCUCGUCUCCUCUGUAAAAUUCAAUGGGGGAAAAACUAGCUUACUGCCAUCAUUUUUCAAAGUAUUUACUUUACCGCAAAAUCAACAGCACUUAGUCUCUCUAGCAAUAGAAGGAAUUUCUCAUAUCCUGAGAAACUCAUCAGAAAAAAUAUAUUUAGAAGACAACCAACUCAAUCAGCUGAUAGAGUCCUUGCACUAUCUUGACCCUUUGGGUGAAGCAUUCCAAGACGUGAACCUUUUCUUGCAAGGGGACACACCUCUUGGGAAAGAGCAGAGGCAGACCUUGGCCCUCGCAAAUUUAUUAGCAAUACAAGAUCAGUUUACAUUCAUUCACGAACUUUGGAGCAAAGUUAAAUCCGAUGAGGGAUUUACCUCCGUUUUUGAAAAUAGAACCAUAUUUAGGCUGCUGAAUUCUUCUUCCAGGAUGACAUUGGAAGAGGCGGAAAAAAUUCUAGAAAUAAUAUUCAUUUGGAUUGAUACAGUGGUUGACGACCUAUCCCCAGAAAACCUCUCCCUAAUGGAAGACACGGUUACAAGGAUUGUACGAGUUUUCGCAGAUUUUUCGUAUUUUCCAAAAAUCCAAGAAUUAACAAGGAAAAUCCUUGUACGAAAUUUUUUUAUUGAGAAAAAUCCAAACUAUUUUGGAGAGAAGAGUAUACAAAUGUUGGAACAAACUUACCCUGCAAGCAAAUUCGUUCUUUCUCACUUAAAUCACAAAAUUUCAGACAGGACUAAAUUUCUUAUACGGUUGGAACACUUGUCCGAAGCUGGUGAAGCAGAGGUGAAGCAAAUUCUAGAAGAAAUUAAACAGAAACUAAUCUGCGGAUUCAAGGCAGACGAUGACACGAUUCAAUUCCUAAUUCAAAAAUCUGACCAGUUCCCGGAAAUAAGAGACCUAUUUUGUAAAGUCCUAGCCUCCCUCCUAAUACAGGGAGAGGUGCAUCAUGACCUGGAAAUUAAGGCAGGGGAAUGUUUGUUGGACGGAAUCCAAGAGGAGUCCCAACUAACUUGGGAGGUUCUCCAGGUGUUCAGCCGAAUUUUGAAAUCAACCAAAGAUACAAACAAACUUGACAAAAUGGCUGAUUUGCUCCUAGAUAAGUUUCGCCACUCCAUCAACUACCACGAACGUCAAGGAAUUUUAAAUUGCCUUUCUAUUCUUGCUCAGCGCCAAAACCUACCAGAAGCGGGAUGGGGCGUUUUGAAAGCCAAUUUGUACAGUGAUGACUCCACCAUAAGAAGGAUGGCUUUCAAGUCACUAAGCUCAAAGUAUUGUCAAACUCCGUCUGAUCUCCAGACCUUUAGUCAAAUCACUUCGAAAAAGAUGUUGGAGUCGGGAAAAUUGAUACAUGGCGGGGAAGCCUUCGAUAUUUUUGGGAAGUGUUGUGAAGGCAAUUUGAAACCGGCUGAAAUGUCCAUCUUUAUAACGCUUUCGUCAGUAAACAACUUUGAUCAUGGCGUAUUCUCAAGUCAACCUUCCCAAUGGGUAAAGGAACUUAUCCUCUUAGACCUAGUGUGGGGAAUUGUAGAUCCAGAAAACAAUCCUCAGAAAAUCAUUAUGCUAGAAACCCUUGAUAAAUUAGGCAACAAGCUCGGUUGGGAGAAGGAAAGCACGCAUGACGCCCUCUUCUGGUUAAGGGACGAAGCAAAAUCCAACUACUUGACGGAUGCGGAAUUUUUGAAUGUGGUGGAACAGCUCCUGAUUCUAGACCCGAAGGUAAUUGACACCUACUAUGGAAUGCGAUAUAUGCAUUGGAAGCCAAAAAUGGAGGAAGCGGUUAUUCAAAUGCAGCUGGAUGAAAAAUGCGGGAUUUUUGAAAAUUCCCACCACCUAACGUCUCGAUUGAUUUCUAAGUUGGGAUAUAAUUUUACACUUCAACUGCUGAACAAAAUCACUGGAAAAAUUGGAGAUCCCAGAGUCCUUGAGAAAUUGUCGGAACUACUCACGGAGAAUAGCGCCAACCUGUCAAAAUUAAGAGUGGGUCAAUGGGGGAACUGUGAGAGUGAGGUGGAGCUACUAAAAACGGCAGAGAGGGAAACACUUAUUCUCUUCUUUCGCGGAAGGGUUUCACUUUCCCGGCAAGAUUUGAACAGGGGAUGUGGCUAUAUUGUCAAGCUUCACAAAGAUGGAGCCCCGUUCGACAAAUUGAUGAGGCUACUGAAGAUAAGAGAAAGAUUUGAUGCAAGGGAAGGGGAGGCUUUGUUACAGGUCCUCCGCCUUCUUGUGGACUAUGACUCCUGUGCAAAACUUAACGUGGAGCAACUACUUAGCCAAACCCCUUGGAAGGAUUGGGUGACAGAACUAAAUCGGCAAAUUAUUUCCACUAGUUUCCGCCCCGGAUCCUCCCUUAAAUCUUCAGAAGAAGUGCUAUCCGAACUAGUCACUUGUGAUGGGCAACCACAACUUCAGGAUCUGGCAGAAUUUUCCGAUACAAUAAAAAAGAUCCAGUCGGGAGAAUUCACAAGUAAAUGCUGCCCAAGCAUUAGUUUACAAAUAGUGGACUGGGAAAGGGAAGAAAUUAAGGGGUGGGCUACUGAGGUCAAGUCUCGGUUCGCUCAAGGGACUCAGUUAACAGAUGAUAAAUUCUGCUUGGAGGCUGUCGCCGUUUGCAAACGGGCCUUCCACCUUCAUUCCAACUUCCACUUGACUAACGUCCAAAUCCUGUCGAUAUACUGUGGCGUUAAUAAAGGAUUGAAAGGUGCGCUUCUCCAAAUUGCUACGGGUUCCGGAAAGUCUACAAUCGUAGCCAUACUCGCAGUCAUAAAUGCCCUUCGACAACUGACCAUCGACGUGUACACAAGCAGCCCAGUCCUAGCUGAAAGGGAUGCUAAAUCCUGGUCCGAAUUUUUCUCCGUGUUUGGCCUAUCCUGCAGCCAUAAUGGGGAUACUGGACUGUACAUCACAGGAUUCAAAGCUUGCUAUGAAGCAGAUAUUGUGUACGGAGAAAUUUCUCAAUUUCAAUUUGACAUCUUACGGCAUUCGUACAGCAAUUUGGGGACAAUGGGACAAAGAACGACGCAGUUCGCCAUUGUGGAUGAGGUGGACAGCCUAUUGGUUGACGACAUGUCGAAAUUGGCCCGACUCUCAUCCCCCCUACCGGGUGCGGACUUGCUCCAAAUCAUCUACCACCUCGUCUGGCAUCGGAUGCUCACUAUAGAAAAAAAGCUAUUUACAGUUGGAACUAACAUUUAUUAUGUGGAAGGUUACAUCAUAUCCGGUGAAGGAGGGAUUCCUAAACUUCUCUUUACGGAUGCAUCGACUGGAAACACGAUGGAAGUUGAGGACCUCGUUGGGUACAUUCAAAAUGGGAGGGAAUUGGGAAAAGCAGGGAUACAUAUUGUACGGGAUAUCGAUUCCUUUAUCAAAGACCAUCUGCACAAUUACGUGGAAGAAGUCGUAGGGUUCCAGAAGAAGAAAGAGAAGGACCAUGGGAGUAAAAAGAUCCCGCCUGUGGUAAAAGUGCCCCAGCACUUGAGGCGCUUCGUAUCCAGCCAAAUCCCCAAAUGGGUAGACAAUUGUAUACUGGCCUUCAAUUAUAUGGAGAAUGUCCAUUACGUCGUGGAAGAUGGUCAAAUCCUCCCGGUGGACUAUUUGACGACGGGGAUAGUUCAAGGGUCUACAUCAUGGAGUGAUGGGUUACAUCAAUUUCUGCAACUCAAACAUGAUUUGAGGCUUACCUCGGAAACAUGUACGACCAACUUUCUCUCCAAUAUGUCCCUAUUUCGAAGGUAUAUUCAGAGUCAUGAUGCAGGACAAGGGGUAGAGUUUAGGGGGAGUAAUAUUGUAGGACUAACUGGAACGCUUGGAUCCACGACAACCCGGGAAAUAUUGAGUUCAUUGUACAACUGCAAAUGUCAAAACAUUCCGCUGACCCAUUACCAAAGAUAUGCUCAAUAUCCUGAUAUAAUGGUGCCAACUAAAGAGAUGUGGUUAGGGGAAAUUGUGACCAGUGUGAAAUCCCAAAUUGCCCGGAAAAGGGGGGCCCUCUUAAUUUGCGAAACAAUUCACGACGCCAAAAAAAUACACGACGCAGUUCGCAAGUACUGUCCAAUGAAUAAUGGGAUCCGCCUCUACACUCGUAAUAACUCUGAUCAGGAGCGGCAGAUUGAAAAAAUUCUGCCGGGGCAGGUUUUCAUAGCUACCAACCUAGCUGGGAGAGGAACGGACAUUAACACGAGGGAAAUCGAGCCCUAUGGCGGACUCCAUGUUUGUCUCACAUUCCUUCCAAAUAAUGUCAGGGUUGAGGAGCAAGCCUUCGGUCGAACAUCCCGGCAAGGGAAUUAUGGAUCAGGACAACUAAUUUCUACACUCCCGCUUACCAACUUAGGGCAAUCCGCUACAGAGAUGAGGGAACUUCGCGACGUGGCCGAUGACCAUCGACUGACAUCGUUUUUGGAAGAAUCCUUACCCUUGGUAGAAGCAAAGGAUGAGUGCUUCACCCGUUUCUGCAAAUUACUGCUACAGAUCCGUAUGAUUUUUCGGCGUGAGAGGGAAAGCCUUCUUGGGGCUGUAGGAAGAGUAGGAGCUACACUCUUGCUUGGAAAGGAUGCAGACGAAUUAGAAGAAGAUUUGGAUUUUCUUCAACACCCUCAACAAUUGUCCGUGUUGUCCGUGUUGGAGUUGAAUUUACUUCAGGCUGUGGAAGAAAGAUGGGCCUUGUUUCUAAGACAGAUGGAAGAUGGCAGUAUUCCACCGACGAGUGGGAUUGAUUACUACACGUUUUUUGAGUUAUUGGUGAAGCGGGAUUUUUGUAUGAGGGCCGGAUCAGAUCAUUGUAAAGUCAUAAAGAGUCCGUAUUACCACAUCGCUAUUGGGAAUGAUUAUAUGCUCAAAGAUGGUAAAGCUCACAGUUAUAUAUCAGAAGCUAAGCGACAUUACGUAACAGCUGCAAGGCUUGACCUGGAUUUUUGCUCGGGAGCAUUGCUGGGACUUGGAAAUGCGCUGCUGAAAGGUACUAUUGGCCUUAUCUUAAGUGACAGGCACGAAUCCAACUACAAAUCCAAAGCAAUCAAAUAUUACAAGGAUGCUCUCACCCAAAUCCAAACGGAAAUAUCAGACUUAAGCACGGCCCAGAUCUUGCUGAGAAACCGCCACGCCGAUGAAAAUAGUGGUUUGGAACAACAACUCACAACAAAAAUGAACAUUCUCGGGUCUAUUUCAAACUCUGUUGAUGCAGCAAUGAGCCAAACCAAACGAUCCUUAAGACCUAUACACAUCUUAGGUAAAAGUGCCAAGGGUGAAAAUCAGUUCUUUAACCAUUUCUCCGCGAACUUCGCCGACAGCACAAAAGAAACCUGUAAAGAGAAUCUACACCAGUUUUCCAAAGAAAUUGAAGAGUUCACCCUUAAGUUUGAAGGCUUAACUUUAUCCCAGGAUUCCGGAGCGGUUGAUCAAGCCGUUAAUACAAUUCAAGCCACCCAUCAGUUGUGGUCAAGAGUUCAGCUCGAAUGCGGCCCCCUGGGGUGGGACAAACUGUUGGAAUUGACAUGUGAGGACAUACUAGUUCACGAUUUGACAACAAAUGAAGCAAUUCUCACCCUUCAAGGAUGGGAUGAGAGACGUUCCUACGCCGUUACCCGGUUUUUCAUAGGAGACAAUGUUAGAGUUGACCUGUUAGAAAUACUGAAAACUGGCGUCAAAAAAGUAAAGGAGAAAAUUACAGUCCCAGAUGCCAUAGAGUUUUUGGAAUCAAUUCCAACCGAUAACCAAAGUAGAUUUUGGAACCUGGUCUGCCGUCAAGGGAACGAAGAAAAUUACAAAAUAUUCAAGAAACAAGAGAUGGAUCUGGAGAUUCAGGACCUUUCGAUUUCAGAAGUUCUAGAAUUGUUGCCUAACAUGACGAGUGAGCUGAGCUCAAUUUCCGUUUGUUCAGAAGUGGCGGAAAAACUUGAAUUUACACUACCAGAUGGAGUAGCGGCCACCACUUUGGAUUUUCUAGAUAAUGGAAAUCGAAUUUCCUAUUUGUGUGGGAUAAAUAAGCCGCCGGAUACGACAACUUUAAUAAGGCGGGAAACCGUAUUCACAUUUGAUACAAAAACCAAAUUGGCGCGAAGGAUAGAACAAGCUGAGUGGAUUAUCAAUAAAAUUUCCAAAAUGGAAGAAACUGUCAAACAAGCUUCUCCUGCUAAAGUGACUCCCUGCUAUUCUACCCUUAAGCUGCAUGAUAUUCUGACAAAUCAGACCCUUUUAAAAGACUCCUUUAAAUCAGGUGUGGUCACUAUCAAAAAUUUAGGUGGGAAUUUGGUCAACCUACCAAACACUAGCGGGGUAAUACAACAAUUGCGUGAAAUUUCCCUCGAGUUCAACCUUUCGAUUCCGAACCUAUCCCUUUCAAAGGCAAAAGAGGUCAUAGAAAAGGCCAGAAUUGAACAAGAAGACAUGGAACUGCGGAAGGUAAAGACAAUCUUCGAACUUUUCCUUGCCGGGGGGGAUAAAUUCCCUGGUCAAGAAUUGUCCGAAACCGCGUCUCGCGGUCUCCUCCUGCUGUUCGAGUUUAGUGAAAAGUCCCCAAUUCCUUGGUUUAGCAUUGCUUGUCUCGGGGUAAUCGCUGCGGCUCAAAUAGCUUGUGGCGGUUUACUAAUCGCCACAGGAUUUGGGGCCACAGUUGGCAUGUCGCUCAUUACGGAGGGAUCAGCCGACAUAUUCACGGCUUAUCGAGCAUAUUCCAACAGACAGUUUAGCUGGAAGGAUUACGGGACCCAGAAAGCCGUAAGUUUAACAAUUUCCGUAAUAUCCAUGGGGUUGUCAUCCCUUAAGGAUGCAGCACAAGGGGCGACCCUCGUAGUUGAAUCGGUUGGGAAAGAGGCUGCGGAACAAGCUGGGAAAUCAUUAAUUAUGGAGGGAACUAAACAAACCCUCAAUACCACAAUCAAAGUGGCUGGUGACAACCUGAGAAGCCUUGCUGUGCAGCAAAUUUGCGUUGGUGUCGGAGAAGCUGCACUGAGAGAAGUUGGAAACUACGGGAUGGACCAACUAGGAAAAUUUGCCAUGUCUUCGCUGAGGCCACAGAUUAUAGACAAGGUGGAGACAGAUGUUACCAACGGAUUCUUCACUAAUUCAGAACUACAACGUUUGUCCAAACUGCUAUACGCGGUUGAUAAAAAAAUGUUGGAAUCCAAGAUAUUAGCAACCCUGGCAGAAAUGACGGCCGGCUCGGUGUGGGCGAAAUACUGGCAAUCCGUUGGACUCCCUCUCGUUCGAGGAGUCUUGUCGAAUUCGCGACACUGGCUGGCAAACCUGGCCGCUCAAGCUGUAAGAUUCACCACGGUACUUAACGGUAUUAAGGAAAUCGGUUACGCUAUGAUGACAUUUUGUUCAGAAGUGUUAAAACGACUCAUGAAGAUUGAUUUAAGCCCGACGAAACUUUUACAACUUUACGCGGGGCUGAGUCCAGAAGAUGCCGCAGAAGUUGGGGACCACGUGGAAAUUUCAGUGACAGAACACUCCACCAAAUUUAUAAUGACUUCCACCUUAUCUUGGGGAACUACAGAUGAAAAAGCUAGUGUUUCGGCAUUCUUCCAUAAAAUUAACAAAAGUCAAGAUUCCCGUUUUGAACUUGAAAAUAUCAGCAUGACAUUGAAAACUGUGGUCGAUUCGUUGUCAGAUCACAUUAUUCGUAUUUCUGAAUCCCAACUGAUUGCUCCUGUGUCGUCAUACUUGGUGGGAAAGGCGGUCUCCUCGGUCUCGGAGUGGGCACAGGAGAACUUUAUAGUCGACGCGAAAGAGAGCGUGGAAGGUGAGCCGAUGCAGAAUACCGUGGCAGGACAAAUACAAGCAAACGCUAAGCAGUUCACGAUAGCCUGGAUGCAGAGAGAGAAUUUUGCCGAGUUACUGAAUAUGCUGAAAGAGGGAGGAGACAGUGAUUCCAAUGUGGACAUUUCCAGACUGCCGGACUCUGUUAAGCUAAUGGCGAGCGAAAUACUUAUUGGUGGACCGGCAGACGCCAACAUUCUUUUAGCUUUGGGAACAAAGCAUGGACUUAAUCUUCGGAUUGUGGGACCUGAUUAUGUCCCAACGGAAGAGGAUCGGGCUUCUGGAGCGUCUAUUUUAGUUUUCAAUAAAGGGGAGGUUGAUCCUUUGACAGGACAAGUCGGAGUCGGACAUUAUGAUAUAAUGGAUACGAAAUCGGGCGGUAUUUCCAAAGUCGUUGUUCCCGAUGGUUCAAGUGACUGUGGUUAUGAGGCUUUAAACCAACUCCUUGGCGGAAGUACUGACCCGAACCAACUUCGACGGGAAGGAGCUGCUACGGUUAUCAACAAUGCGGAAGCGUUCGAACGAAUUGCUGGAAGAAACGAAUGGAUAAGCAGCAGAUACCCCAGCGAUACAACUUCUAACCUGUUCAUUGGAGCUGGUGAAGAUUUAAGAAAGAGCGUCAAGGUAGAAGAUGGUUCAGACAAAACACUUAACGAGGACGAACCAGGCCCUGAUUCUGUCGUAAACAAGGAAGAAUCCAAAUUCGCCGAAAUCGAGCGGAAAAACUUGGUCAACGACGUCGCAAAUAAAAUUCGUGUCGACACGGUCGAAGGCGUCAUCAUUCUUCCCGGAGUAGGAACCAAACCUUCCCCCGCUAUCCGAGAAGAAGUCAAAAACCAAGCCCAAUCCUUCGCCUUAUUGGAUGACAAGAUCCAACCAGAGAAAUUCAUAGCUGGGCAUGUCUACCCAGAAAAAGUUGGGAGAGGGGAUGGAUCCAAUGGGCUAAAUAUUGAGCCCAUGACCAAGUCCCUUAACUCGGUUUACAGUUGGUACUUUGAAAAUCAGCUCAAAACGUUGGACAAACUUUUCCCUGGGCAGCCCCUCUAUCUGGAGUACAAACCCGAGAUGGAGUUUAGAAAUGAGAUGCUGCACAAUAUGAAGAUUAAAAUCGGGAUACAGGACCAAGCUGCUCCAGAGGUGAAACAGGCUUUCAACGAAAUUUUUGAAAAUGUGAAGAAAAACCAGCAGCCUGUGUAUCGAAAAGAGGGAGAUACUUUUACCACAACAAUGUAUCAUAAUCCAAGGGGAAAGGCGGACUUUUAUGAGAAACAGGGCAAACAAUAUAGACCAGCAGGGGGUUAAGAAUUUCCUUGUUAGAAAUUAGUCUUAGUAAAGACAAAUAGAAAAUAUUUAUUAUGGAAGGAAGGAUGACGAAGGUUUGAACAAUGUUUCUAGAUAUGACAUUCUAAUUAUGAUUCGGUUAUGUUUGACUUUAAUAAUUAUCUAACCGUGUCCUUUAUCUUGAAUAGUAAGAAGGAUAUUGUAUAAGCUUGGUGUCAGUAGUUAGGUGCCUAAUUAGUUUUAGACGGGGUACAUAAUUAAUAAUAACAGUACUUCUGGACAGUUUGAUGAAA